AUGGGAAAGGUUCCGGAGGCCAUUAUUGAUAUGUACGAGCAAUUACCAGUGCCAUUCGGUCUGGUACGCUAUGGUGUUGCUCCAGACCAUCCGGAAGUCAAGAACUGUCAAGAUAAAUUCACCGAGGUUGCAACGUCUCCACGAUUCAAUUUCAUUGGAAACAUUGAACUGGGUGGCGGUCUCCCACUGAACUCUCUGAAACCACAUUAUGACGCCAUUCUCUUCUCCUAUGGAGCUUCCAAAGACCGUGAGCUAGGUCUGCCAAACGAAAGAUCGCUUUCAGGAAUUUUCUCCGCUAGGGCCUUUGUUGGAUGGUAUAAUGGAUUACCAGAAUAUAGAAAUCUGUCGCCCGAUUUAGCUAGCGGAGAAGAUGCAGUUAUAAUUGGUCAGGGCAAUGUGGCCCUUGAUGUUGCGAGAGUGUUGCUAUCUGAUGUAGAUGUCCUACGGAAAACCGACAUGUCGGAGCAUGCUCUUGAGGAACUUACAAAAAGCAGAGUGAAAAGGGUGAGAGUGGUUGGACGUCGUGGACCGAUGCAGGCCGCUUUCACUAUUAAAGAAGUUCGAGAGCUUAUGCAGUUACCUUCAGUUGGAUUUGAACCUAUACCCAGUAACCUACUUCCUCCCGAUUCGAUAAUAUCUGGGCUUCCCAGAGCGAAUAAACGAAUCACCCAACUCCUUGCCAAAGGCUCACUAACCAGCCUUGACAGCUCGGCCAAAAAGUGGUCUCUUGAUUUCCUCCUUUCUCCUCGUUCAUUCCACUCUUCUUCAGAACAUCCCGGCCGUUUGUCACAUAUUACAUUCAGCCGUAACCAGCUUGAUCCCGCCGACCCUUACUCACCCUCGGCAUCUAUUUCGCCCCAUUUGGCGGAUGAUGGCAAGGUAGCUCAUAUAGAUAUAUCGGCGAGCCUAUGCUUCAGAAGUAUAGGGUACAAAUCAUGCCCGCUUCCAGGGCUCAACGAGCUUGCCGUUCCGUUUGAUGCUUCCCGUGGCUUGAUACCAAAUGAUGGCCAGGGAAGGGUUUUGAAUACUAUCCCUUCAGUCAGUGAGGGUGAUAUCAUCCCUACCCAUGUGCCCGGUGUGUAUUGUGCAGGAUGGGUCAAGCGAGGUCCCACAGGAGUCAUUGCUUCAACUAUGACAGAUGCGUUUGCGACGGCUGAUGCCAUUGCGGCUGACUGGGAGGUACAUCGUGAUCGGGGAAGUAAUAAGAUGGAAUUCCUCAAUUCAAGAUCUGGAGAGGAGAGUACGGGUCUGGGAUGGGAUGGCGUCCGCCCAGAUGCCGAGAAGAGAGGACUACGGCCAACCAACUGGAAAGACUGGGAGGAGAUAGAUCGGGCAGAAAAAGAGCGUGGACAGACCAAGGGUAAACCUAGAGAGAAGUUUGCGCAGGUCAAUGAUAUGCUAGGAGUUUUAGCAUAG